GUUAUGUCAUGUAGACCGCUCUUUCGAAGUUCCUAGUGUUCCGCCCCAUAAUUACAGUCAAAUUAAACUGUAAUUGCGUACUUGAAAGUGGCCGUCCCAAGAAAAUUAGCACGUUGCGUAACUCAAGAAAAUCCCCUGUCACUAAAUUAACAAAGUGCAUCCUGUUGAUAACCGCAGAUAGCUAAUCAGAAAACUGACUUUUGAAGAUCAUUAUAAGCAAGUCAAGUCGUACUUUUGUACAAAUCAAUCAGAUAUCGCGAUUGAUUACUCAACCCUGAUAACGUUUUUAUGUGCCAGUAAUUUCCAUUGCAUUUUUUGUGUUCAAGAAAACAGCCAAGAUGAACGUCACAUUUUCGCUCCUCGCCAAGAACGUGACAAAAACGACUUUCAGAAACUCGAGCUACAGCUGUAAAGUGCUCGUGGUGGGUGGCGGCACCGGCGGCUGCGCCACGGCCGCCAAACUCAGCCGAAUUCUCAAAAAAAACGAGCUCAUUAUUCUCGAACCCAGCGAUAAACACUACUACCAGCCCCUUUUCACCCUGGUGGGAGGGGGUAUUUCCACGCUUUCGGAAGCUGGUAAAAGUAUGCGGGACGUGCUUCCAGCGAACGCGGUUUGGUUGAAGGACAGCGCGGCGGAAUUUAACCCUGGUGAAAAUUCAGUCACAACCCAGAGAGGACACUCGAUAAAAUAUGAAUAUUUGUUGAUUGCCACUGGUCUUCAGACAGACUAUGAUAAGAUUCCAGGGUUGGAAGCUGGUUUGAGUGGCGACACUGGGGUUUGUUCAAACUAUUCCGCGAAAUACGUUGAAUUGACGUAUAAAGCCUUGAAGAACUUUGAGAGUGGGAACGCCAUUUUUACGUAUCCGAAUACGCCGGUGAAGUGCCCGGGAGCCCCACAGAAGAUUUGUUACAUCACUGAUCACUACUUAAGAAAGGUGGGAAAACGGGACAAAGCUGCGGUUAUUUACAACACGUCUCUCCCGGUCAUUUUCGGUGUUAAAAAAUACGCAGACGCCCUCUGGGAGAUCUGUGCGGAACGUCAGAUACAGGUCAAUUUGAGAACAAACCUGGUUGAAGUGCGACCAGAUUCUAGAGAAGCCGUUUUCCAAAAUCUAGACAACCCGGACAAAAUGACAACCUUGAAAUAUUCCAUGUUACACGUAACCCCCCCUAUGAGCACACCUGCAGCUCUACAAAACUGCUCUGAACUGACAAACGAAGCCGGUUUUGUUGACGUCAACAAGUUGACCUUGCAAAGUGUCAGAUUCGCCAACGUUUUCGCUAUCGGGGAUUGUAGCUCCACCCCAAAUUCGAAAACUGCGGCCGCUGCAGCCGCCCAGUGCCAAGUGGUUUUCAAAAACAUGGAAUCAGUGAUGAAGAAUACACCUGCUACCGCCAACUACGACGGAUAUGCCUCGUGUCCGCUGGUGACCGGCUAUGACCGGUGUAUUCUGGCCGAAUUUGACUAUAAUCUAACACCUCUGGAAACUUUCCCUUUCAAUCAGGGAAAAGAGCUCAAGAGCAUGUAUCUUAUGAAGAAGAUGUUGAUGCCGCCGUUGUACUGGACUUUGAUGCUAAAUGGGUUCUGGAACGGGCCGGCCGCGGUCAGAAAUCUUCUACAUUUGAAAUUUUCGCAAAAAUGAGAAAAACGUCCAAAUUAUAAAACUUGAACUAGUGAUUAAGUCUGCGAUAUUUUGGUGCUGUGUUGGGAAAAAUAAAGCUUUAUGUAACAACAAUUUUUUGCAAUAAAGGUCGAUUCAUAGGGUCGAUUUACAUUA